AUGUCCGUUGAGGGUCCUUUCAGCCAUUUUAACGCUAUCCUCCAGAACCCAGUCGCUACAAUGCCGCCUCUCAUCACCCCGAACCUGGGCAAGGAGGGGGUUCCUCGUGCCGCUGUGGAUGGGAUUGACUUGGUGUGCCCACAGGUCCACACCAAGGUGCAUAUGCGCGAUCUUCCGCCGCCACGUGAGACUCGUUCGGCCGCCGCUCUAAUUGGCGUGAGGGAUAUCGGCCAUAUAAAGUCGGAACCGGAGAUAGCGAGUGUUUGGAGGGUGGAUUUGCUGACCAACAAGCCACGCAAGAUGGGGAACCUCGGUGGUUGA